AUGAGCUGCUUCGACGCUUUCCUUGAUUCUAUGUAUGGUAAGGAAGUCUCGAGGAAACGUCCCAUUACUCAUGUCGAGAAGUCUGUCUGCGUUUCGAAUGCCACUUCAAGGGCUAACAUCAAGCGAGCCAGGAUCACACAACCUGAGAUUCGAUCAUCAACUCGUUCCAGGCCGGAGAAGACGAUGAGUUUGGAAGAAUUUGUAAUAGAUAUGUACACCGGCAGAGACAUGGUCCUGAAGUCAUCUCCACGAAAGGUCAAUGAACCGAAGAGAUACACUGAAGGCGAGGCGUUGAAGUUGGCAUUGGAGUUAUUGAUGUCUCCUCCACCAGCACCCCGGACUUCGAUCAAUGGAACAAGUAGUCCGACUUCCACAUACCCUUCAGUAUCAUCAUCACUCAACCCAUCACCCACCGGACCACAGAAGGAGAAGGCUGUUUACCAUGAAUCAUUGAACCCGGUCAUGGAGCCUAACAGAUCAAUUCCUUUGUUGUAUCUCACGGAGCCGGAAGAAGAUCCAUACUGGUUGGCAGAAGUAUGCGAGGCAACAAGGGAAGACUUCAUGGAUGAAACAUUACUGAAAGUACCAAAAUCUCAGGUACUCAGUCGUACGCCAGUUCAACCAAACACUUGGUAG